AUGCAUGACUGGGCGGCUCCUAUCGUAGCUGCAGCUCUGUUUGCGUUUCUAGCACCAGGGCUGGUGUUUCAGAUGCCUGGGAAUGAAUCGCCAAUUGGUUUCAUGAACAUGAAGACGAGUGUAAUCUCCAUGUUACUUCAUGCAGUGCUCUAUGUAUCGACGUCCGUCCUUUCUACAGUGAAUAAUGGUGAGUCGGUAGCAAGUAGCAACUUGUAA